AUGUCGCAGUUGAAGGACGGGGCGGCCGGCCCGCACGGGCAGGGACCGGUGUACCACAUCCCGCGGUCGCAGUCCACGGGCGACCUGUUCCUGAUUCCCGAGCUGGACCAGGAGCGGGAGCGGCGGCGGCGGCAGGGCGCGCACAGCAUGUCGAGCGUCUCGCUGCAGGAGCGCGCGCGGGCGCCGACGGCGUACCAGCGGUUGCGCACGCAGAUGAAGCAGAGCUUCCAGUUUCCGAACGGCGAGAGCUUCACGCCGCGCGCGCAGCUGCGGCCAGGCGGCGAGCGCGCGCACAGCCUCUGCGGCGCGCGGCCGGAGGCGGCGGCGUGGCCGCGGCGGUCCGCGAGCCUGCAGAAGCCGGCAGGGCGCGGGUAUGCCGCCAAGGCGGCGAGCGCCGAGUCGCUGGUGCGGCGGCCGCCGGGGGACGCGUCGCAGGAGCACGCGUCCCCUGGGCGGGCCGCGGCCCCGGCGGCGUUGCCUGCCGCAUGCCACGUCACUAAAUCGCAGAGCUGCACGUCAAUCAAGACACUGAGCAACCCGACCACGUCCUCGAGCAGCAUCUCGCAGAGCAGCGGGUCGCUGAUCCGUGAAAAUGCUUCGGGAAGUAUUACCAGCGCCAGCGAGAUCAGCCAGAAAACGGACGGACAGAGGAUGGACAUCCCGGGUUUGGACGCGGACCGCAAGCCGUUUGACACAGAGCAGGACUACCAGGCCUGUCUGACGCCGGUGGUGUCGCACCACUCGGGGUCGGAACAGACGCCACCGACGCCGACCGCGGCGGCCGAGCAGGCCAGCGCGGACGCGAGCCCGAAGCGCGCCAACUCGCGGCUCGGGCUGUUCUUCAAGAAGCUGCUGCCCAGCAUCAAGCGCAAGCCGAAACAACAAUCGGGUCUCCCUUCGACCCCGACGCAUUCCUACGCCAGCACGGCAGAUAGCAUGCAUCGCUCUCCUCUGUCUGUGGGACCCGAGCCAUUUAGCCAGAGCUAUCUGGACCUCACAGAGGAGAACAAUGACAACUCCUCACUGUCAUCCUACGAGCGAGAACCAGCCAGUCUGUUUGACAUCGAUCUCGUGUUUGAUACCCUGUUGUUAAAAAGCGAUCGCCAUGACGAGCCCAAAAAAGAUUGCAAGGGCUUGGCAAAGGAGGAGUCCACAAAGACAAAACAAUGCGUGGUGAUAAAGCAUGAUACUCCUCCUGCGGCCAAUAGGACGUCGCUGACGCAUGAAUUAGACUAUGAGCUCAUCCAUGAGUUUUCAAAACUAGGCGAAUACAUACGGACGGGAACGGAAGGCCAGGAACUGGGGGCCACACUACUCUCCCUAUCAUCGUUCAGUAACCUCACCCCGCCGCCAAGGUCGAAUCGCAGGCCGGUUUUCAGGCAGCCGGAUGUUUCGCAGUCCUUCUACCACUCUAACAUGACACUAUCGCCGGACUUCGCAAAGGGGAUCCGCGCAAAUGACAAACUUUCGGCAUUUCAAUAUAAAGAUCGAAUACUAUCCAACCUGCAGCAACAUUGGAAGGUCGUGCACGUGAACGAGACGAUGCCGCGCCAGUCGUCUCCUUCGAAGUCCAUCAUAAGCUCCCAGCCCUCGCUGGAGUUCGCCAACUCCUCGUCGUCGAGAAGCUCGUCGCCGCUAGAUUCGGCAAAAUCCGUCAAAUCCACUAAGCGCAUCGAGUUUGCCGACGUCAUCUACGUUAAUGAUACAUACUCUCAUUGGGACUACAGGCGCAGCGACAAACGGUUUUUGCGCGAGCGUAAACAGCUCAUGACUUCUGCACAUGGCCUUCCAUUUGUCCAAGCUGUCAAGUGGGAACUAAACGAAUACAAGAGACAUGAGAUGAUGGUCCAUCCAGAGAGCAUGCAGAAUACUCAGUUCUUCGUUUGA